AUGCCCACGGAAGAAACGAAAACCUCGAAUCCGAAAAGGAAGAUUCCGCAAUCAGUCGACGUUCCCACCAAGACAUUCAUUCUCCCUUCAAAGAGAAGCGAUGCAGCUAGAUUUCUCUCUCUUCCAAAUCCGACUUCUGGAGUCUUGAAUCGGUACUUCUUCGACCCGGAAGAAACUGGUUUGUACGAGUUCACGGCCGUCGCAUCGACACAGUUCGCUCCGAGGAGUAUCCUAUUCACGUCGAAUAAUAGCAAUGAGAAAACAGAAGAAAGAGCAAAGGGAUACCUUGCAAAAAAGGCUGAGCUGUUCAUUGCGACACCAAUUGAUGUCCUGUUCUUCAUGUUACCGAUUGUAGCACCCGCCGACAAGACCUCGACGUCAAACAUGUUUCAGCCCUUAGACGACAUUUUGGAUUCGCAGGAUGAGCUUUCUGCGCACCUUCGCUAUAUUGUCUACAACGCCUCGUUUAGAUCAACCAUCGAAAGGCGCAUGCAAGCAAUUUGUGAUACAAUGGAAGCCGCGGAUGAGAAAUUGUAUCGAUUCAGCGAGACUAAGCUCCUCGCCGAGUUAAUCACAAAGGCAGCCCGAAUGAUUGCCCAGGGACUUCCUGCAAGCCUAGAACAAAACUUUAUUCAAAAGACACUUGCUCCUCCAUUGAUGAGCGUCAAGCGUGAAGAUACAGUGACUACAACUGCUACCAUCAUUGAACAUGAGGAGAAUCAAGACCUGGAAGUUGUAGAGAUGCAAUCAACCUCCACCACGACUAUUUCUACUACAUUAUCCGCAGAACCAUCCGGUGUCUCGACACCAGCUACACAGCCUUCUACCGUGGAUGAAAUAUCACCUUCCUCAGGAAGUGUCGCAAGAUUACUCCGUCUCCGGAUCGCUCUCUCCUUCAUAAAACAGUCAUAUCUACCCCCAAACCUAUCAACCAGAAUUGAAGAAAUACUCAAAUCACCCGAAAGCCCAAUUGACUUCAAACCCCUUGAUGAUCGACUCAAGGAACUCGCCGACCUUCGCGCAGAGGCCUUCGCAUCUCGCGCAAUGGAAGACUUGAGUCGCAAGCGAGGCUUUGAAGAGGAAGACGGUGACUCUGAGCGUGCGGCGGCAAAACGUAAGAAGGAGGAAGAGAAGAAAGCCAAGGCUGCAGAGUCGCGUGGUGUGAGGGAAUUGAAGAAGGUUAAUACUUCGGGGAUGAAGAAGAUGAGUGACUUUUUCAAGAAGAAGUCUUGAAUAUAUAUGUCUCUCGAUAUGUUAUAUUCAAUGUGUCCUCUGGAUCUAGUGAGGAAGAAUCCGGUCGUUGCUUAAAAGCAACUCACAGAGCUGUCAUCCCCCGAAGCGAC